CUUGCUUUACACCCACCCAACUUGCCUCGUCUUGAGUAGGAUACCCGGCCCCUGUCAAUGCCAUGGAGCCCAAGUUCAAACAGGAGAUUCAACAGAUGAUGUACAUUGCAGGAGAAACACAAGACGUCUCCGUCCAGACCACCCAACUCAUUGAGGAAAUCAUCCGAGAUCAAGUCGUUCACAUGCUCAAAAUCGCCAACGACCUCGCCGCCCGCCGUGGCACCCGCGUCUUCUCCAACAACGACCUGAUCUUCCAAGUCCGCCACGACAAAGCCCGCGUCGAACGCCUCCGCAUCUUCCUCACCUGGAAAGCCAUCCGCAGAACCGUCAAAGAUUCGGACGAAAAAGAAGGCUUCGUCGAUGAAGCCGAUCUCGAAGAAAACGUCGUUGCCCCCACAGACGACGCCCCCGCUGGCAGCAAGGCCAAGCUGCCUACCGUCACGCUCCCGUGGGACGCGGCGUCCUAUCUCUCUGAACAAGUGACCGAGGCGAGCCAGGAGGAUCUGGUGGAGAUUACCAGCAACGAGGCCGCGCUGGAGAAGCUGAGGAGGAAUGAUGAGCGGACGAGGGAUAUGACUGUUGCCGAGUACGCGACGUGGUCAGAGUAUCGGCACGCGUCGCUGACUUACCGCAAAGCCAAGAGGUUUCGAGAGUGGUGCGGUCUUGGGGUGAUUGCAGAGAACAAGCCCAAUGACGAUGUUAUGGAUAUUCUGGGGUUCCUGACAAGUGAAAUGGUGCAGAAUUUGACGGCGCAGGCACUCAAAGUCCAGAAGCAGGAGGCGCUCCGUCUCGGGGAGAGGACGGCGAUGGCUGGGGAAGAGAGAAGUUCGAAGAUAGGUUUGGGCGGGUUGUUUGCUGAACCGGAGGGUCUCAGGCAGCCAGUCGAUGGGAGGCAUGUCCGGAUGGCAUUCCAGCAAUUGCAAGGAAGACCGAAGAAGAGUCGGGCGUUGCUGAAUGGAACUCGACUUUGGCAACCACCCGCUCUGAGACUUCUCUGAAAAUGCUGUCUACUGGCUUCACUGUGUCAGCGCUGAGAGAGUUCCACGUGCUGUUGUAAAAAGAUUCAUAUCUUCUAUUGCUACCUAAGUUGAUGUUUCAUAUUUGAUGAACAUAUCUGAACGAAUUCUAAUUAAUCACUGCCGUUCCUCACAGUCCGUGCAAGAUACUACUGGUUCAAGAAAUUCCAUAGCCUGCUGCGGCUUUUUCGGAAAGCGAAAACAUUCUGAACGAAUCAAUCAAGCCAAGAAACGUUUGUUCUUUUUAUUUGGUAGACAAAUAAGUCAACUCCUAAUUUGGGCCAUGACAGUGACGCCUUCAAGCACGGUUAUUCGCUGCACUGUUGCCGCCACCACACCUUUAGGUUGCAGCGAACCAGGGGCAGUAAGUGGUCAUUGCGACCGAGUAAGGUGGCUAGCUCUGCAAGAUUUUCUCUGUGACAUUUUGCUUCAGACUUUGAUUCUUCU